AUGUGUUAUGCUAGACAUUAUGAUCCUCCUGAUGGUUUCACGUUUGAAAUAAAUGAUGUUUCACCACCUAUUCAGGAUGAUACUCUUAUAUUUGACUAUAAUGUUCAAGAGCGAGUGAAUGACUUUGUUGCUGCCGCUUUAGCUCAGGCUAACGUGACAAGAACCAAUCACAUUAUGUGGAUGAUGGGGACAGAUUUUUGUUAUCAAUAUGUAAUUUCAUGGUUCAGGCAGAUGGACAAGUUUAUUCACUAUGUAAAUCAGGAUGGGCGUGUGAAUGCACUGUAUUCAACACUAUCUCUUUACACUGAUGCGAAACAUGCAACUGAUGAGAAAUGGCCUCUUAAAACUGAUGACUUUUUCCCGUAUGCAGAUCAUCCAAAUGCUUAUUGGACCGGGUACUUUACAAGUCGUCCAGGACUUAAAGGUUACGUUAGAGCUUUGAGUGGUUACUGUCUGACAGCUAGGCAGUUGGAGUUUUUAAAAGGAAGGGUUGACUCAGGGCCAAACACUAAGCAAGUUUUGCUACAAGGUGGCUUCAACAUUGUUGUUUUCUUUAGGAACUUGUUGGAUUGA